GGUCAGGAAGCCGCACCGCAGCCAUGGCAUUUAAAGACACUGGGAAGACACCCGUAGAACCAGAGGUGGUGAUUCACCGACUUAGAAUUACUCUAACCAGCUGCAACGUAAAAUCUUUGGAAAAGGUGUGUGCUGACUUGAUCAGAGGUGCAAAGGAAAAGAAUCUCAAAGUGAAAGGACCAGUGUGGAUGCCUACCAAGACUCUCAGAAUCACUACGAGAAAGACUCCUUGUGGUGAAGGUUCUAAGACUUGGGAUCGUUUUCAGAUGAGGAUCCACAAGCCACUCAUUGAUCUGCACAGUCCUUCAGAGAUUGUUAAAUAGAUUACCUCCAUCAGUAUUGAGCCUGGAGUCGAGGUUGAA